UUCUUUGUAGCCUAAUUGCUGAAGAAGACACAGCAGGAAGCAGAAGUUUUUAAAUGGCUGGACUGAAAUAAAUUAGCCAUAUCUAUAGUAAAAAAAUAUUUUCAGAAUUAACCAACAUUUUAAAAUCAGUAUUUUGUGGACUUCUAGGUCAAUGGUGCAACUAUCAAAGAUAAUAUUUGGAAAAUAAAGGCAUUGCAAGACUGCUUGGAAUCUAUUUUAUUUCUACCACUCAGUUCAGAUAUAUUUGCCUCUUGAAUAUUUCUGAAUUCAAACAUGAGGCUGAUCAUCUUUAUUUUGUUCACUGUGAUGCAUGUUUCAAUCACAUUAUACGGACCAAGUCUACUGAUAAGUCAUACGGGUGGAUCAGUGACAAUCAAAUGCUAUUAUGUAACCACCUCAGUGAAUAAGCAUGACAGAAAAUUUUUGUGCAAGGAAUCGCCAUAUAAAAGCUGUCAAACCAUCAUUUCUAGUAAUGCUUUCAUUCAUCAAGAUUACAAAGGAAGAGUGUCAAUGUACAACAACCCUCAAAAGGGGAUUUUGCAAGUGACAAUGAGUCAGCUGAAAAGGACAGAUUCCAGUAAUUACAGAUGUGGCCUUGGCAACAUAAAUGAUGGUUUAUAUGUUAGAGUGAAUUUAACUAUUUUGGAAGGCCUGGAUUUGCCCAAAUCCCCUCAAAUUGUCUGGGGUAAGCUGAAAGGAUCGGUGGAACUCCAAUGCCUGUCUGAAACUCCCAGGCUGGAAAUCUUGUGCAAGAUGAUCCGUACUGGUUGUUUUCCCAUAGUAGACAAAAGAAAAAGCAAGAGUAGACAGCACAGUCACCGAAUUGUGAUGACCAGUGGAAAUAGCUCAGGACCUUUCAAUGUUAUUAUAAAUGAGCUGGAAAGAAAAGACUCUGGAAUCUAUAUGUGCGGGACAAGAAAACUGGGCAAGAAUGCAAGCACAAGAACCAUACAACUGCAGGUUGUAGAGGAAUCUGUUUUCUCUAAUAUCUUAAGUGAUGCCCAAACUACAUGUGAAUUGCAGACUGUUAAUACAUCUUCCUACUGGCAGGUGACAUCUACAGACGAAGUCAACAAAGAAAGCACACUAAUCACCCCCACAGCUGGAAGAUCAACAGCAGCCAGAUUGAACAGAUCUGAAGGCAGCAUUUGA